AUGACCUCCGCCGUCCUCGCCGGCCGGAAUGAGGUCCACCACGCGCACCCGCACCACCGCCACUGGGGCGGCGCCCGCGUCCCCCUCAUGCCCAAUCCGUCCUCCAACCCUAACCCUAGGCGCCACCACCCCGCGGGGGGCCCAAACCCUAUCCCCAGCGGCUCGCCGCCGGCGCCGCCGCGGGCCGUCCCGGCGGUCGCCGCGGCCGAGCCCUUGCCGUCGUCUUCGGGGCACGUGAAGUUCAGGCCGUCGGAAAUGACCCCCGCCGAGGCCAGGCUUCUCCGCGCGCGGCUCACCGGCGAGCUCGGCCGCGUCCGCGCUUUCCUCUCCCGCAUCGACUCGUUGCAGGACGGGCAGCGCCGGCGCCGGCGCCCGGAGCCCCCCGCGCGCCGCUCGUCCCCGUUCCCGCCGCCGGUGCUGGUGGAGGCGAUGCGGAAGCGGUGCGCGGACAUCCUGAUGCGGCUGCGGAGAUCGAAGAAAAGCGUGUGGUUCAACUCCCCCGUCGACGUGGAGGGCCUCAAGCUCCACGACUACCGCGCCAUCAUACGGAGCCCCAUGGAUCUCGGCACCGUCAAGCAGAACCUCACCGCUGGCCGGUUCCCCUCGCACGAGGCGUUCGCCGGCGACGUCCGGCUCACCUUCAACAACGCGCUGCGGUACAACCCGCCCGACCACCACGUGCACAGGUACGCCGGCAACCUCCUCGCCUCGUUCGAGGGGAUGUACAAGGAGGCCGUCUCGUGGUUCGAGCAGCAGCGCCAGCAACUCGAGCCACCAAUGCAGCUCGAUCUGCCGCCGCCGCCACCACCACCACCACAGCUGCCAGUUUCUGUGCCAGUGCAAGCGCCCCUGAGGAUGGGGGGUGGGAGGAAGCCCAAGCCCAAGGCGAGGGAGCCAAACAAGAGGGAGAUGGAUGAGGAGGAGAAGCAGAAGCUGAGGGUGGAGAUUGAGAACCUGCCCGAGGAGAAGAUGCUGAAUGUGCUGCAGAUUGUGCAGAAGAGGAACAGUGAUCCAGCAUUGACGGGGGAGGAGGUGGAGCUUGAUUUUGAUGACCUGGAUGUCGAGACCAUGUGGGAGCUUGAUCGAUUUGUGGUCAAUUGGAGGAAGGCGCUAAAGAAGAACCAGCGGAAUUCUAUGAUGAAUGGUGAUGCUGCUGCCAUGAAUGGACACGCCAUCGAUGUGACAAUUGUUCCGGAUGAUGAUGACAUGGUCGAGGUUGCUGUCAAUCCGUCUGUGGUGGUUGAAAUUGGAGAGUCCGAGACUGACAUUCCAAAGAAGAGGGAAAUGGAGGCGGAGGACGAGUAUGUGGAUAUCGGUGAUGAGAUGCCAACGGUGAAUUACCAGUCGGUGGAGAUUGAGCGGGAUUCCCCAGCAGCUAGCGGCUCAAGCGGAUCAGGAAGUGGCUCAUCUUCAUCCAGUGAUUCUGACUCGGACUCUGAAUCUGAUGGGGAUGAUGCAAGCGCCCCGCACUAG